AUGAACGACCAGUACCACCGGGCAGCUCGGGAUGGCUACCUGGAGCUCCUCAAGGAGGCCACCCGGAAGGAGCUGAAUGCCCCCGACGAGGAUGGCAUGACUCCCACCCUCUGGGCUGCCUACCACGGCAACCUGGAGUCGCUGCGCCUCAUCGUGAGUCGCGGGGGUGACCCGGACAAGUGUGACAUCUGGGGCAACACACCCCUGCACCUGGCAGCUGCCAAUGGCCACCUGCACUGCCUGUCCUUCCUGGUGUCCUUCGGGGCCAACAUCUGGUGCCUGGACAACGACUACCACACGCCGCUGGACAUGGCCGCCAUGAAGGGCCACAUGGAGUGCGUGCGCUACCUGGACUCCAUCGCGGCCAAGCAGAGCAGCCUCAACCCCAAGCUGGUGGGCAAGCUGAAGGACAAGGCCUUCCGCGAGGCCGAGCGGCGCAUCCGCGAGUGCGCCAAGAUGCAGCGCAAGCACCACGAGCGCAUGGAGCGGCGCUACCGGCGCGAGCUGGCCGAGCGCUCCGACACGCUCAGCUUCUCCAGCCUCACGUCCAGCACCCUGAGCCGCCGGCUGCAGCACCUGGCGCUGGGCAGCCAGCUGCCCUACUCGCAGGCCACGCUGCACGGCACCGCCAGGGGCAAGACCAAGAUCCAGAAGAAGCUGGAGCGGCGCAAGCAGGGCGGCGACGGCACGUUCAAGGUCUCCGAGGACGGCCGCAAGAGCGUCCGCUCGCUUUCGGGCCUGCAGCUGGGCAGCGACGUGAUGUUCGUGCGCCAGGGCACUUACGCCAACCCCAAGGAGUGGGGCCGUGCCCCUCUCCGGGACAUGUUCCUCUCGGAUGAGGACAGCGUCUCCCGUGCCACGCUGGCGGCCGAGCCUGCCCACUCGGAGGUCAGCACCGACUCAGGCCACGACUCCUUGUUUACUCGCCCCGGCCUGGGCACCAUGGUGUUCCGCAGGAACUACUUGGGCAGCGGGCUGCAUGGGCUGAGUCGCGAGGACGGGGGGCUGGAUGGGACGGGCACGCCGCGGGGUCGGCUGCAGAGCCCCCCUAGCCUGGACGACGACAGCUUGGGCAGUGCCAACAGCCUGCAGGACCGCAGCUGCGGGGAGGAGCUGCCCUGGGACGAGCUGGACUUGGGCCUGGACGAGGACCUGGAGCCCGAGACCAGCCCGCUGGAGACCUUCCUGGCCUCUCUGCACAUGGAGGACUUUGCCGCCCUCCUGCGGCAGGAGAAGAUCGACCUGGAGGCGCUGAUGCUGUGCUCUGACCUCGACCUCCGCAGCAUCAGCGUCCCCCUGGGGCCCCGCAAGAAGAUCUUGGGGGCUGUGCGGAGGCGGAGGCAGGCGCUGGAGCGCCCGCCCGCCCUGGAGGACACAGAGUUGUGA